AUGGAAAAAAGUGAAACGCGGGUGACAAAUCCGGUGGUCGCGCCGAUCGAAUUUCGUUCUGACCUCCACUUUAGAUGGUCUGCUUCCAUCAGAGGGCCGCUCCUAUGUAAUCGGAAUCAUCUUCAGCAUCCUGGAUUUGACCUGUUUGCAGCCGGAGCGCAAGCUGCUGGAGCUCCAGCUGCAGCCGGAGGGUUAUUCUCCGCUCCCCAAAGUGCUGCGAUGGGAGGCUACGGAGUGUCUGCUGUGAUUGGAGCUAUUCAAGGUACUGCUGCGCUGGGUGCUGGUGCGAAAUUGUAUCUCGAUAAGGCAUCAAAGAAGAAGAAAUAG